UUAGUUUUGCCGGAAGUUGCAAUCAUACACGCGUCGCUUAUUUCCGGUUUUAAUUUGAUGAGGAUAAAACGCUGGAUUUCAAGUAUAUAUACGGUAUUUAAGUGUGUCUGGAAGCUGAAGGAAUAGCAAGAAUGUCUUCAAGUACUAACAAUGCCAACGAUCCACGUCGAGCUAACAAAGUAAACAGGUACAAACCUCCUCAGCCUGGUGGGCCCUCAGAUGACCCAACCCCAGACUACAUGAACCUCCUUGGCAUGAUCUUUAGUAUGUGUGGCCUGAUGAUGAAGCUGAAGUGGUGUGCCUGGGCAGCAGUUUACUGUUCCUUUAUCAGUUUCGCAAACUCUCGAACAUCAGAAGAUACAAAACAAAUGCUCAGUAGCUUUAUGUUAUCCAUAUCAGCUGUGGUGAUGUCUUACCUACAGAAUCCCCAGCCUAUGUCUCCUCCUUGGUGAAGGCCACAGCAGAAAAGGUUGACUAAGGGAGAUAACUAGACUAAUAAUAUACAGAAAUGGUGACAAACAUACAUGCAAAGAAACACAGCACUUGUGUGAAGUGACAAGUCAUAAUGACUUUGGAGUGAUGUUCUGGCAGUACUAGACAUCCACAUAACCAGACAAACCUUGUUGAUGCUUGUCCCAAUUUAAAAUUCAGCCCAGCAUUCAACUCCACACACAAUGUGUUUUUAUCUAUUUUUAUACAUACAAACCAGAUUUCUAGUUUGGCUUUUGAUACGAACCAGUCACAUUCCUUCAUUCUUUACCUGGUUUCCCCAAUACCAAGUGAAUGAAAAGCUGGUAGAUUUCUGAUCAUCUUUCUAGGCCAGCCAAAGCAGAUUGAUGUAAAUAGGAUGUUUAAAACCUGAUGGAAGUGUAUGUGUGAUUGAAUCAUUAGGCAGAGGUCCAUAUGUGUAUAAAUGUGAAUAGUGUACUACAUAUUUAUGGUAUUUGUAAUGUCAUGCAAUAAAAUUUUGUCUGUUCAA